AGGCCUGGCGGCGGCGUGGGGGAGCCGUGGUAUGGUCGUGUCCUGGUGCUUUUCCAUUACCAGGAUGGGGAGGUGGAGAAGCGCGGGGCGUUCAUCCAGUACUACACCGAGGCGCAGAAGCCUUGCCCCAUCACCGGGUGCAAGCGCCUGACGCCAACCUUGGGCAUCGACAACUAUGCCCGAAUAUUGCGGAUGGCACACAAUGGAUAACUUGGGAUCCGGCGCGGUUAUAUACUCGUUUGUGGGUCACCACGGGCAGUGUGCAGAAGGUUGCGGAGCGCAGAGCACGUCGCCCAACGGAAACCCUGCGAUCGAUGCGACGGUUUCCACCAUCGCCCACGAAAUCGCAGAGGCGGCAAGCGACCCUGAUGCCAGUUCAGGCUGGAUGGAUGACGGGGGGGAAGAGAACGCAGACAAGUGCUCUUACGAUGUUGGACCGACGAAAACGGGUCGCGACAACAGUGGCAACGAGUACCUGUACAAUCUCGUGGGGAUGAAGGGCAUGCGGUUUCUGGUUCAGCAGAACUGGGACUGGGAGAAGAACCAGUGCGCGUCUCAGAGGAAGUACCACUAGGAAAGACAUUCCGAGUGGCUGUGAAACGAAUGC